AUGAAGUUGAAAUUUUUAGUUUUCUCAUUGUUUCUUGUCAAAUUCCAAGUAGUUCACGGACAAAAUGACAAUGAACGUGACAUUGAAUGGAAUGAAAAUGAUCCAAGAUGGGAGAAAAAAGUUCCAAACUGGUGGGACGAAGAUAAUUUUGUUCCACCAGUUGGACCGGAUGAAGAGAAAUCAAAAGGAUUUUGGAACAAUCGAGGACAAAAUAUAUUAAAAUCUAAAUUAGAGAAGAAAAUAAAUGAAAACACAGCUAGAAAUGUUGUGAUAUUUAUCGGUGAUGGAAUGGGUUUAUCAACUUUGAUGGCUACACGAUCAUACAUUGGUGAUGUUAAUAGAGAAUUAUCAUUUGAGAAAUUCCAUCACACGGGACUUGCAAAAACUUAUUGCAUUAAUUAUCAAGUGCCAGAUUCAGCAUGCACAGCAACAGCAAUUUUGACGGGUGUCAAAAAUAAUUAUGGGACAAUUGGUGUUGAUGGAAAUGUUAAGCUUCGGGAUUGUUCAGCUCAACAAGAUAAAGACUCUCAUCUAUCAUCGAUAUUAAAGCACGCACAAGAUGCUGGCAAGUCAACGGGAAUUGUGACAACAACUCGCAUUACUCAUGCAACUCCAGCUGCUGGUUACGCCAAGACUUCGUCACGUUAUUGGGAAUCUAAUGAGUUUGGGUCUGAAGGCUGUGAUGAUGUCGCUCUUCAGCUAAUUCAUGGUGAUGUUGGAUCAAAACUUGAUGUAGCUAUGGGCGGUGGACGUCGACAUUUCCUAUCCAAUACCAAUGGUGGUGGAUUAAGAACCGAUAAUCGCAAUCUUAUCGAAGAAUUUUUGAUUGCAAAAAAGGAAAUUGGGAAAAAUCCUCAAGUCGUACAGAAUCGCAGUGAAUUAAUGAAUAUUAAAGCAGUUUCAACUGAUAGUAUUCUUGGACUGUUUGCACAAAGUCACAUGGAAUACAAGCUUCUUGCAGAUCCACAAGUUCAACCAGCAUUAUCAGAAAUGGUCGAAAAAACAAUGGAAAUUCUUAAGAAGAACGAUAAUGGUUUCGUUUUGAUAGUUGAAGGCGGAAGAAUUGACAGUGCACAUCAUGAAACAACAGCAAAGUUAGCAUUAGAUGAGGCAGUUGAAUUUCAGAAUGCUGUUUCAGUUGUGAAGAAUCUUACGAAUGAAGAUGACACGCUAAUUGUUGUUACAUCUGAUCACAGCACUGUCCUGACUGUUGGUGGUUAUAUGCCUCGUGGCUACAACAUUCUCGGACCAGGAGAUUAUUCACGAUCAGAUCAAAUGUGGUUCUUCUCAUUAAGUUAUGCGAACGGACCUGGUUAUGACGAUCAUAUCAAUCCAAGUGGCGGACGACAAAAUCCUAGAGGAAAACAUUAUCUCGAUCCAAAAUUUCGACAACCAACGACAGUGCCGGAAGAUGAUGAAACUCAUGCUGGUGAAGAUGUUGGAGUUUACGCCAAUGGACCUUUUUCUCAUAUUUUCACGGGGGUUUACGAGCAGAAUUAUAUCGCACAUGCUAUUAUGUAUGCAGCUUGUAUAGGACCAGAUGAGUUCCUUAAAAAUCCCCAAUGUCACAAUAAUACAGCCAAAAACAAUAAAUUUUCAUUUCUGAUUUUCAUUUUAAGUUUUAUAACAUCAAUCAAUUGGAUUAUUUAAGUUUAACAAGAUAAAGAUUUAAAUAUUGAAUAAGUCAUUUGAUUUGUUUAUUUAAUUAAAUAAAAUUAGUAAAAAUUAACAUGAAAAGAAAUAAAAUUAAAACCAAGGAUGAAAUGCUGGAUCCAUUCGACUUAAGUUGUUAUGACUCGAUGCUUUGGUGAUGAGUUGAGAAAUUUUUGUUUCUUCAUCUUGAUCGUAGAACAUUAAUUCAGAUAAGCGAGUUUUGAUAGCUGCCACUGAUGAUGACACUGCUUUGAUUAAAUGUUGAGCAUUUAUAUCGAUGUAACUUUUAUCAAUCGACAAAUCUUCGUUGGGAUCAAUUGGCCUAGUGUUCAUGAUUUGUUUCCGAUGAAUUGUGAUGAUCUCGUCACGUAG